AUGGGAAACAUUUGCUCCCGCUCCAAAAACCAACCCGAGGCCUUUUCCAGCCCCGGUCGCGUCUUGGGCUCCGCCAAUCCUCCCCCCGGAGCAACAGGGAAAUCCAGCUCCGGGGUGGGCGCGGAUACCGCUGAUGCGCGGACGAAUGCAGCGAUUGCGGCCCAGAAACGGGCCGAGUCUACUACGGCGGGCAACAAGGGCAAGUUAGGGUCAAAGUUGGCAGCUCAAAAGGCCCAGACACAGGCACAGACGUUAGGUCAGGCUAGUCGGGAUGAAAGGGCUGCCAGGGAUGCGGAUAAUGCUGCUUCGGCUAGAAGGUGGGAGUGA